UUACGCAGCUUCUCGUAGUCCCUUUUGUCGCAUGCAGCUUGUUGUGAAUCCGCGUCGCGUCGUUUACGAGGAUACAUGGGGUGUGGCUAUCAGCUCGUCGUUAUCAGUGUAUCUUCGUUCGAUCGCAAUAUUUUACAAUAUGCAUGUUGAGUUAUGAAUCGCAAUCACAUGUUUACGGUGCGGAGGAUUCAAGGUACAGUACACUAUACCUAUAAACCCAACAUUACGUAUAGUAAUGUCUGUCCCUCCUUCAUCCUCCAACAAUAUAUCUGACAAUAAUAAGCUAGGCGGUGCUAGUCCUAGUCCAAUUGAAGGAAUCGAGGGGGUUCCAGGACCAAGUUCCUUGGAUCCUAUGCAUUCAGUGUUGCCACAAGACGAGGAAUCCGAGGAUUAUGGAGAUGAUGAGGAGGAGGGUGAUGAAGAGAGUAGCGAAGGAGAAAGUGAAAUUAGCGAUAGUGGAUUGUUCUGCGAUACCGAGUGUACAGCAGAAGUUGAGAGCAACAAUUGCCAGUCACCUAUAUCACAGUCUCAAGUGGUUCUCUCAGAACAAGUUCAGAGUCCAGUAUCGCAUAAUUGUGUGCCAUCGGAUGCUGUUCAGCCUCAGAGAAAGCGAAAAAGUGAAACGGAAUGUUGUCUACCUUGUAAAAAACUUAAUCCAGAAGAAAAGUUUCAUACAAUGACUGCAAGAAAGCUAGAUGAUAAAGGUAAACACGUGAGAUGUGUCAUUCCUACUAAGGACAAUCCUCCUCCAGAAAUGAACAGUUGGCUUCUGCAAUUUCAAAGAUGGUCAAACGCGGAAAGGAUGUUAGCAAUAGACGAACUAAUAGAGAGAUGCGAGCCCACGCAGGUGCGUCACAUGAUGCAGGUGAUAGAGCCGCAGUUUCAACGAGAUUUUAUAUCGCUAUUGCCGAAAGAGUUGGCAUUGUCGGUAUUGGCAUUUCUGGAGCCGAAGGAUCUCCUGAGGGCUGCUCAAACCUGCCGAAACUGGCGAUUCCUAGCUGAUGACAAUCUACUGUGGAAAGAGAAGUGCAAGGCAGCUGGUAUAGAGGACUUGAAAGAUCUACCACCGCCAAAACGAAAGAACUGUCGAAACAGUAGCCACUCGUCGCCGUGGAAGCAGGCUUACAUGCGACAGCACAAUAUUAAAAUGAAUUGGAGAACGAAGCCGAUCCGCACACCGAAAGUGUUGAAAGGUCAUGACGACCAUGUUAUUACUUGCCUUCAAUUCUCUGGCAAUCGGAUAGUCAGUGGUUCAGAUGACAAUACGCUCAAAGUAUGGUCCGCCGUUACAGGCAAGUGCUUACGGACAUUAGUUGGGCAUACCGGGGGUGUAUGGUCUUCGCAGAUGUCCGGCACAAUUGUUAUCAGUGGCAGUACAGACCGUACUUUAAAAGUGUGGAACGCGGAGACUGGCCAGUGUAUUUAUACAUUGUAUGGUCAUACGUCAACAGUUAGGUGUAUGCAUUUGCAUGGUAACAAGGUCGUCAGUGGUAGUAGAGACGCGACACUAAGAGUGUGGCAGGUGGACACAGGGGAGUGCUUACAUGUGCUCGUGGGGCAUCUAGCGGCGGUUAGAUGUGUGCAAUAUGAUGGAAAGUUAGUGGUCAGUGGUGCCUACGACUAUAUGGUUAAAGUUUGGAAUCCGGAACGUGAGGAGUGCCUUCAUACUUUACAAGGACAUACUAACCGUGUUUAUUCCCUCCAGUUCGACGGUGUGCACGUUGUUAGCGGAUCAUUGGAUACGAGUAUAAGAGUGUGGGAGGUAGAAACAGGUGCUUGUAGACAUACUCUGAUGGGCCAUCAAUCUCUUACCUCGGGGAUGGAGUUGCGCAAUAAUAUCUUAGUAUCAGGCAAUGCUGAUUCUACCGUUAAAGUAUGGGAUAUUGUUAGCGGUCACUGCCUUCAAACUCUCUCCGGUCCGAACAAACAUCAAUCGGCGGUUACUUGCCUUCAGUUCAAUAGCCAUUUUGUGAUUACGUCCUCUGACGAUGGUACAGUAAAACUCUGGGAUGUUAAGACUGGUGAUUUCAUUAGGAAUCUAGUUGCUCUGGAAAGUGGUGGUAGCGGCGGUGUUGUGUGGAGGAUUCGAGCGAGUGAUACGAAACUAGUGUGUGCAGUAGGUAGUCGUAACGGUACCGAGGAGACAAAACUGCUUGUCCUCGAUUUCGACGUUGAGGAGCAUUUGUCAACGAUGGCAGACGAAAUCGAGGCGACUGAGACAUACUGAAACUGCAAGGCAAAAUGACAUUAAUCGAAGAAUCUCAUACCUCCUGGAGCAAGAAAAUCGACGACAAUUCACGUCUUUCGGAGAGAUCAUACAGAUCUUUUUACGAGAAAUUUCAAACGUUUGUUAUAUAUUGCAACAUUUUGUCAAACUAUCAGCUUCAAUAUUUCCUGAUCAUGUAAUUUAGACUUUACUUUCUUAUAAACAUCGAUCUGGUUAAAAACAAAUAUUUUUAUAAAUGUUUACAAGUCAAUUUUUCAUAUAAUUGACAUUUAUUGGAAGAGAAUGAUCUUUCGGCAAUUGAUUAAAAAAAAAUUCGUUGAAUUUUCUCUUUUUGCAAUUGAAAAGCUGUUUCUUCCAAUAUUGUUGCAUGUUUCACUUCGUUUUAGUGCAAUAUACAGAUAUAGCACACUUGUUCGCGUGCAAUACAAAUUUACAAAACAGUGAACCAGUAGUACAAGCUUAUAUAGAACAGGAUAGUACUUUUUUUAAAUCUUUGUUUUUAUUGAUUAAGAUGUUUAAAAUGUUCAUCAAUAUCGAUUAGACUUGUUAAAGGAAGAAUAUUUGUAUUAGCCAGAUCUUCACAUUUAGUGUGAAUUGCAUAAUGAAGACUUAUAGAAACAUUGCAUCAUUUGUCAUUGACGAAUUUUAUAUGGAUUCUACUGAAUCAUGUCAUGAACAUGAACGACAUUAUCAGAUAAUACAAUUUGUGCAAAUGCAUCUUUAUUAUUGGACCUAGGUUAGA